UUACACGCGGUCAUAGAUCGCAUCCUCUAUAUUUAUGAUUGCCUGGACAGGUAAAGAAUAGAUCAAAACGCAGGAGCAGGCACUAGAGCUAGCAAUAAAGCUGUAAAGUUCAUCAAUGCUCUUGUUGAUGUGAAUUUGAUUUUCAAAGCGCCUCGUAAUUAUUUGUUAGAAGUAGGCCAAACAUGGGAAACUCCCCUCCAGGCGGCUCCACCUUGCCCGGCUCCGUCUCUUCGCGACCCGGAGGUGCAAGCAGCUCCUCCUGGCCUGACGACAUCUACAGAGUCGCGAGUCCGAAUUCCGAGAGAAGGAAUGCAACCAGUUCUGGUUCAACACCCGGCACAAAAAACGUUUCUGCGUCACCCUUGACCGGAACCACAACAGCGGCAGCCGCAACUGCUUCUGCCACAAGCGCGUCGUCCCCAAACCAGCUUCUUCGCUCGCUGCAAGAAUCCCUACUGUCGACCCAGUCGAGGCAAACCGUCGGCAUGCUUUCGAAGGGGUCGGACCUCUGUCUCCGCGGGCACCGCGCAAUCAGCAAGAUCCAGCUGUUGCAGCAAGUGCUUUAUGGACCGGAGCUGCGGCAGUUCGAAGGCUGUGUGGAUGUGCUCGAGAGGCUUGUGCAAGAACUGUCAGAGAAACAGAAGAAAAAGUUCCAAUUACCUGAGGACCAGUGGGCCAAUCCGGGGCUAUCUCUCUUCGCCAAAGUGAACUUCUUGCACUUCCGCUGCAAAGUCUUGCAAUACUUGGCCGACGAUGCGGAAGUAGUCUGGGAGCUGCUGCUUCACUUUCCGACGAUCGCGGAGACGGUUGCGUCGUCCAGGAUGCCGUCGCUGUCCCUGCUUCAGUUCGCUAGUUUGCACAAAAUUGGGUCGGAGGUGUCGAUCAUAAACUGCCUAAAUGAGAAGCAGAUCUCGCUCGUCCGGUUCUACCACUUGAUAAAGCACCUGGGGAAGCACCUUGCCUUUGGCGCUUGCGAACAAACAAAACUGAACAAAACACGGCUGGAGAACUUGGUUUGGCUCCUCCGUUUUGGCGUAGACGUCGAGCUGUGCAAGCCAGUGGCAAACCAACUCGUGAAGCAGUGUCUCGUCGAGUACUGCAGCAAGAACCAAAAUUAUUCCGCCACGACCGCGCCAGGUGGCAGAGGUAGAUCGGCAACUGGAGCUGCUGAUACAGAUGACCUUGGAUCGUUCUUCUGGGAGAAGGGUCUCCUCUCGAAUGGCCAUCUCCUGAACCAUUUUUGUGACGGCGCGUUGUCUCUCACUGCCACGACGUUCGAAGAUUUCGACUGUUCUCUGGCAGAGAGUGACCUGAAAACGGUAGUAGAGCAGGUCGAUACUUUUGGCGAGACAAAUACAACUUCCAUUGCACCUACACCAACCAGUGGAGCUGCUGCAUUCUUGCAGUCCUCGCCGCAGCCAACAAUAGCAGGAGCGAACGCGAGAGGUGGAAACAGCUCAAGCUCCCUCGCGGCGCUGUUGCGGCAAGAACGGGCCAGAUCGUAUCUGAAAAUAUCGGCGGAUCAGCAGAGACGAGUGAAUAAAAACGCGAACGAACAAGAAGUGCACUCUGAGUCUACUCUACUUCCUCCAAAAUCGCAAAACAAAAUGUUUAUCAGCCCGCCAUUCAAGUUGUCGUAG